GGGGCGAGCAGUGUACUUGAAAUCGGGAAGCGCGCGUGGGGACCGGUGUAGGUGAGCCCCUCUACAAUACUACACACAGCCAGUCAGCGACGAGACUCGAUAUCUCUGCAGGGUUCUGACCAGCUGUCCGAAACGUCGACGUAGAGUGAUCAAAUUACUGGGUUGACCUGAUGUAUGGACCUGAACAAAGUACCUACAGCCCAGCCCAACGAUUCUCUCUGUGUGGUUGUCUUCUGGAUUGAUUCACUUGAAGUACUUGAAGCAAGUUGAGAUAAGAUAGCAAUUGACUGACACAGUGGCAGGUGUAAGCUUACGAACCUCUUUGAGAGUAGAACGGUCAACUGCAUCCCCACGACUUUAUGACACAAACCUGGAUGUCCUGUAAAAAAACCACAGGUAGCUGUCAUGCGUUUCAUCGUCAGGGUGCCACUAAGUAUUUUGUUUGUGUUAGGAGUGUGUGUCGUGCUGGUCCUGAUAUCGCCACCAUUUUCUACCCAAAGGUCAAAAACAUUUGUGCAGAACUUACUUGAAGACAGGGACAUACACCCUGAAGUGGUAAAGAUUGACGGACAUGCUGGACUCAGCACCACCCCGAAUCCCCUAAUUGCUAAGUAUGGCCAAAAUGACAUGUCCCAGACAGGGGAGAAUGGGCGAGGUGUUGUCUUUGUUGGCGAAGAACAGGAAACAGUAGAGAAGUAUUUAUCAGAGUACCGGGUGAAUAUAUUGGCCAGCGACCUCAUACCCCUGAACAGGAAGGUGCCCGACUCUCGCUAUCCGAGCUGCCGCAACCUCACGUAUCCUGUGGACGAUCUUCCCACAGCUACAGUCAUCGUGCCAUUCUAUGACGAGUGGCCGUCACUGCUAUUGAGGACAGUCUACAGCGUUAUCAACAGAACGCCGGUGUCCCUCCUCAAAGAAAUCAUCCUCGUUGAUGAUGCUAGCACUAUGGAGAGUUUAAAGUCUCAACUCGACAAAUAUAUCUCUGAGCACUUUCCGAAGAAUCUGGUGAAAAUACUGCGUAUGCCGGAGCGUAGAGGACUGAUCAAGUCCCGCCUGGCAGGAUGGAGAGCUGCCGCGGGAGAGGUCCUGGUGUUCCUGGACAGCCACAUGGAGAUGAACGUGCAGUGGCUGGAGCCGUUGCUGAUGGUGAUUCGAAAGAACGCAAGUACUGUGGCGAUGUCCGUUCUUGACUACAUCGAUUCGACCACGCUUAAAUACGACAUCCGACCAGACUACGUCAUCAAAUAUGGAUUUAACUGGAUGCUUACAUUCUUCGAAUACCAUUUCCGAAAAGAAGAAAUUGGACCACAGUUCCAUUCUCCAAGGAAGGGCGCUACAAUGGUUGGGGCAGCGUUUGCAGUGGACAAGCAGUACUUUGCAGACAUCGGAGCCUAUGACGAGGACAUGAAGAUCUGGGGUGGGGAGAACAUCGAGCUAUCGUGGAGAGUGUGGCUGUGUGGGGGACAGCUGGUCCAUGUUCCUUGUUCUCACAUGGGGCACAUCGCCCGGACACAGCCGUACUCCUUUCCUGAGGGGAGGCAGCAGGUAGAAAUGUUCAACUACAAGCGGGCCGUCGACGUUUGGUUGGGAUCCCUCAAGAGAUAUGUGUACCAGAGCUAUCCAGACAUGGAGGGCCUUGACGUUGGUGACAUUUCAAAUCGACUACAUCUGAAAGAACAACUGAAAUGUAAAGACUUCUCCUGGUACAUAGACAAUGUCUGGCCGGAGCUGUUGAUGUAUGACGUCGGCGUUGUUGCCUGGGGGUCGGCCCGAAAUCAGCACACUAACACGUGCUUAGAUAACGUUGGUUCCCUAUAUCCUGGGGAGCUGUACCUGUAUGGAUGCCACUACCUCCUCUUUACACAGGGGUUUUCAGUGACCACGAAGGGCCACCUGCGCACCUCUCUGACGUCUGUAGUCUUUGACGGAGAAAAAGCUGGACAGAAACCUACCCUGCAGUCUUACGGUGUAGGCACCCCGAGCACCUGGACACACAGGCCGAACUCGUGGCUGGUUCAUGACCGGACGAAGCUCUGCCUGGAUGCUGGUGAGCAGGGACCCGUGAUGUCGCAGUGUGAGCGAGGCCGUGCGUCUCAGAUGUGGACAUUCAAUCAUUAUGUGGAGCCAGGGUCCCAGACAAAGGACCACGUGUAGUUUGAGUGGUGAUGGUGGUGAGAGAGAUAUAGCUAACCUCACAUUUGUCACUUUCUCCAUGGCGAGCUGUUGACUGUCCAAACUCCAAUUUAAAGUCAUGGACCAACAGUUUGGCGAUACAUGUUGUUUUGAAUGUCCGGAUUAACUGUAUAAAGUGCAAUAAAGAUUUACAAAC